GCGGUCCCUGAAGGCAGCAUCUGAGUGACAAACCCGCAGUCUAAUCCACACAGCGAGGAUGAACGGCGGCGCUGGUAUGUGUCGAAUCAACGUCGGAUAACUUCUUAUUUCGGCGGUGACGGACUAAAUCCAGCCAACGCUUCCCUCCUUCAGCCCCUCAAGCUCACUUUUUCGGCUGAAGCCGUCGGGUUGGUCGCUCCAGAUUUUCUCCAGAGCCGGACUCCGCAGACGUUACGUUGGGACAAUGGAAUCUAACGUUCUCCCGGACAGUAUCCGCCCUCAGAGGCUGCAGCCGGGCAUAGGCUUCGGUUCGGGACCGACCGGGACUCUCCGCUCCUCCCUCCGGCCCGGGGUGACGGUGCCCAUCGCGCCGCUGCUGCCCUCCCCGGCCUCUCUGUCCGCCUCGUCCGGGCCUCCUCCUCCGCCGCCGCCGCUGCAGCUCCACAGCCUGUACGGCGGGGUGGGAGCGGGGCUGGGGCCGGGGGCCGCCGGACACCCCGGGAACCCGGCGGUGCUGAAGGAGGCGGUGGAGGCGGUGGUCCGGAGCUUCGCCAAGCACACGCAAGGUUACGGCAGAGUAAACGUGGUGGAAGCUCUACAGGAGUUUUGGCAGAUGAAGCUGACCAGAGGAGCCGAUCUGCGGAACGGAGCUCUAGUUGUUUAUGAAAUGGUGCCGUCCAACAGCCCUCCGUAUGUUUGCUAUGUCAGCCUUCCAGGGGGCAGCUGCUUUGGGAGUUUCCAGUUCUGUCCCACUAAGGCCGAGGCGAGGCGCAGCGCUGCCAAGAUCGCUCUGAUGAACUCUGUUUUUAAUGAGCAUCCCUCGCGUCGAAUUACAGACGACUUCAUUGAGAAGAGCGUGAAUGAGGCUCUGGCCUCCUUCAAUGGAAACAGAGAAGAGGCCGACAAUCCCAACACAGGGAUCGGGGCCUUUCGCUUCAUGCUUGAGUCCAACAAAGGAAAGUCCAUGCUGGAGUUUCAGGAGCUCAUGACUGUGUUCCAGCUGCUGCACUGGAAUGGAAGCCUGAAAGCCAUGAGAGAACGACAGUGUUCCCGACAGGAGGUGCUGGCUCACUACUCCCAUCGGGCUCUGGACGACGACAUGCGCACUCAGAUGGCGGCCGACUGGGUGAACCGGGAGCAGAGCGUGGCCAGCACCAUCGCGCAGGAGCUGGCCUCGACGGAGCGAGAACUGGAGGACGCCCGGCUGGCAGGCAGAGAACUGCGUUUUUACAAAGAGAAGAAAGACAUCCUGAUGCUGGCUGUGGGUCAGCUGAGCGCCGCCAACACUGCCACUCUGCCCUCGCACUAAACCGACCGGAAACAUGCCUUCACACUCCGUAGGAUUCCUGGUAACAGUAUCGAUCGCUUCGUAGAUAUAAAGGUGAACUUUUUUAAGUUUUGUUUUUGAGGACCAGGUAAUCAGGCCUUGACUUACACAAUUAUACAUAUCCGUCCGUUCAAUAACCACCUGCCGCUAUAGCCGUUACCUCUCUGUGCCUAGUGAUUACAGGAUAACAGUGCUUUUUUUAAACAAAAUGCCUGUAAAAAUGCUGAGGCAUACUACAUAACCAGGGUUUACAUCCUCAGUGUAGACCUACAGAAAGCCUUCUUCUGGUCAGUGAAUGUACGGGACAUACGCCACUAUGACCCAUCAAACCAAACAGUUGUGAGGUGUAGAUCAUUUCUUCAGUCAGACCUGCGUCUUUUUUUUUUCUUUAAGGAUUUUUGGUUGUGUUUUCUUGCAUAUAGUAUUUGGGAUGUUAAGAUGCCAAAAUGUGUGGAUUGUAAAACUCUGAUAGCAAGUACCCUGUGUCUGUUCAUACACAAAACAUUCUAAAAUGUUAGAUAAUAACAGAAAUGAACUAUAUUACAUCAGGUUUUCUGUAUUGGGUGUUCAGCUUUAUCCCAACAGUUUUACUGAGACUGUAAAUAUAUGAAAACUGCAUCCCUGAAAUAAAACAAGAAUUCCAGUGAGCAUUAAAUCCUCAUUUGAAGUCAUGUUAUAAUAUGUGGGUACUUUGCAAAAUAAAAUAAAAAAUGUCUGUAGAUGUCAGCUCAGGUUUAAAAAAAAAAAAGAACAGAUAGUGAGCUAUCACUAUGUUUUUGUUUUUCUUUAUGGCGGCUUUUGACUAUUUUAGAAUUUGCUUGGUGGCCAUGACACUAGCCGAAUGUAUAUUUUCUGUGUGCUAUCAACUAAAGGAUGCUUAAGCCAACGCUGUUAAACUUUGGAAGUAUUUUCGUGUCACGGAUUGUGUUUGUCAUGUGCGUCAGCUGGAAGAGUUCAAAAAAAGUUGGUGUUUGUUUGGACUGAAUUAGGUCUCAACCUUGAUCGGAGGUCAAAUUAAGGCCAGAAAAUGAUUCAUCAGGCGUGAGUCAUUGCAGCAAAUACAAAACAGUACCAGCUCCUGUGUUUUAUGUCUUUUUUGAGAUGCCGAAAGCAGAAAUUGUUUUUUUUUUCUGGCUUGUCCAUAGGCUUAAACUAUGUAAAAUAACUCGCACUUAUAACCUUUUUUCUUAAUGUAAUUGUAAAUCUUUAUAUUGCUCCAUUUGCCUAAAUUGUUUAAUGCAUUAUAAAGAUGAAGGCAUUUUAACAGGUAGUAUUUCAAAGAAGGAGGCGAGAGUUUAAUUGAUAAUGGGCUCCGGUUGGAAGAAAAUAUGGCCUGAAAGUAUGAAAGUUAAACAGCAGGAGAGCUCAUUUUCGGUGCUGAAUGCACAGCAGAAACUGAUUACACAAAAUAGGAGAUGGCAAAUAAAAAAGAACACAAGAAAGAAACGGAGAAUGAUUGAAACCAGACCGGUUGUAUUGUUCUGUUAGUUGAUUUAUCUCUUCUCUGGGAUCACUGUGCCUUUAUGGGAUUCACAGCAUGCAAUGUCUAAAAAAAUAAACCUCAAAAGUUUCAUUUUACUUAAUGGGGUCUUUAAAGGAUUUUGUUUUCGUCUUUACAUGUAAAGAUGGUAAAGGUUACUCGCUAUGUUACUGUUACAGUAUGUCAAAGGAAUCCUUUUGGAAAGUUAAAUGACAAGAUUGACGUCACACUCACUCCACAGUCAGUGGCCAGUUAGCUUAGCUUAGCAUAAAGACUGAAAACAGAUGGAAGCAGCUAGCCUAGCUCUGCUUUAAGGCAGCAAAAUCUGCCAAACAGCACCCCUAAAGCUCACAGUUUGGCUCAUUACAUGUCAUUUGUGUAAAGCAUGCAGAAACAGAAGCGCAAAAAUAACAACUUACAAAUUUUCUACUUUUAUAGAAGUUAUUUUCUUCUUCUUUAGUUGGGCAGGAAAUAAUCUGACUAAUCACUUAACAAGUACCAACAUGAGAAUGAUGUCAGUUUUCUCAUCUCAAAAUGUCAAAUUGUUCCUUUAAUAUGUUACACGCUAUUCGAUUAUAAAGGAUCUAUUAAAGUGACAACCUUAUAACCAUAUAUCACUGGUUUGGUACUCAGCUUGUGUAAUAAGCUUUAUGUUCAAUACAGGUAUGAAAAUAUGAAGUAUUUUGCCUAUUUAGUAAAAACCCUGCAGCUUUCGUCAGUAAAUACUAAAAACACUUUGACCUCACAAAUCUGCACCUUGAAUCCAUCCCUUCUAAUCUGACAUUUUAUAUUUUUUUACUUCUGUUUAUUGCAUUUUAUAUUUUGAGUUAAAUAGCUUCCCAGAAUCUGCAGUUAUAGUUUCAUUGAGUGCUGUCCAGUGAACUCUUAAAAAAAAAAAAAAAAAAAGUAAUCAAUGAGGGAAAAAAAGAGCUGGUCGCAGGAAGGAAGUUGGAGAUCUUGAGUUGUGUGUUUUUGUGUUUUUUCUUUUCAUGUAGAUGCUCAGUAUGUGUGAUUUUUGCCCACAAGCCAUUAAUCUGAGAGCUUUCUUCUUGCAAAUGCCUUCGACUUUUCUUUGUGAUCGUUAUCAAUGAAGUCUUUUUUUCUUUUUCAUUUUAUAAAGAAAAUGUCUUUGGCUUUUCAUGUGUUGGCUUUGAUGCAUGAUGUAUUGAUUAAGUUCUCUUUUUAUAUGUUUCAUAUUCGAUACAGUAUUGUUUUAUAAAAGUGUUUCUCAAGGCCCUAAUUGUAUGUAUUUUCUAUGAACAUUUUGUAUUCCAUGUUUAUACUUUUAGUAGAUUUAUAUGUAAAUGUAAUAAAUUGGCUGAUACAAAUGUUUA